AUGCAAAUUACAAAUAUGUUCAUCAACGAUUCCUCAAAAAGAUUGCUCAUUGGUACCAACCUUGUUUCGGAAGUUAUCGACAUUAAGGAUCUGGGCUUUGUUCAUCUGUUUGACUACGUCCCAAAUCCCACUGAAUAUAUUCAAAUCGGUGGCCGUAUGCGUGCUGGUGGUAUUUAUAAGUGCCUUCGGUCAUGGACUCCACAAGAUGACGAUGACGGUAUUCCGAUGGUAGAUCCUGAGGGUGAUAUCAACCCACAGAUGGCCGAUUUCUACGGCCUGUUCUAUUCCUUUGCGGAAUAUAUUUCACUUGAAAAUAAUCUGCUUUCUGAUCUAGUAAAUUUUCAAGAUUCUACGAUUGUCAAUUUCCAAAACGAUAACACUCUUCCACGGAGUGCCUCAGAUGACCAACUUCCAGACUUAGACCUUUCUGAACUCUUUGGUGUAUCUGCUUCUGUGACUUUUGAAGAACCUGUUUCUACGCUUGAUAUAUUCAGCACUGGUACCUUGGAAGACACUACUGUUGAAACCACUGCCGCCGCCAAUGAACCUGUAUUUAAUACAGAUCCCAAAAAUAGUGAUGGGCCUCCAGUGAAAAAGCAAAAAAUAUCUGCGGCGGUAUCUGGUCCUCUGACUAAAAUCGAGGCAAUAGAAGCCUUUAUUAAGGCCAAGGGAGUAUUCCCAUUUUUAGGUGUUCCUUAUGACAAGGUGAAAUUUCUCUAUUUCCAUGGGAUUAACCAUUCCUACUUUGAUUUCUUCUGGUGUCCAAAAAUGGUGGUAUAUGAUAAAUGUCUAUCACCCUAUACUGGCAAAUGUGUGUGCCCUGAGUCCCGCAAUGCUGCCUCCCUGAAUAGGAUGGCUCUUGAGUGUCUUUUGGUUUUUCCGUUAUUCAAAUCUCCACAAGAGAUUCGCAAUAUCGCCAAAGGUGGCGUGGUUGCUGGUGCGGUCUUAAUUGUCCAACAUGUUUCAAACGACAAGGAUGCCUACACUGAAAUGUUUGCUAACUAUCACGGUCCAUACAUUGAAUAUCUCGAUAAGCACUGUAUAAACAUCCCUCGUUUCCCGAUAGUAAAAGCAGAUUUAAUCAUGGCCAAGAAUUAUAAUGCCAUGUGGGACGAGAUUGCUGCAAAUCAGUAA